AAUAUUUAUUUUCAUUAAUUAAACCGGAAGCCAUCCCUUUCAUGGCCCGGCUCGGAGCACGGGCGUUGAAACCAACUCCGAGCCUCGAAAAUAUCGGAGAUCACCCGCUUCUGUACCCGCAAGGUGAGUGGGCGCUCGGAAAGAAGGGAAUGGUCCCACUUUAGGUAAGCCUCUACAAGAGGUGAAUGAUACGGGUAGAACUAUGCAAGUAGCGUUUAUUGUUUUAGGGAAGCCAUCAGGAGGACGCCAUCUUGCACGCCAGCGACCGCUUACCCUAACGAUCGCCCCGUGCUUAUCGACGACGACCUGCUUCUCGUGUCCUCACUCUCCGCUUCCCGAUUGAUAUUUAGAGCCCACCCGCCAUGUUGGAGAUCAUUCAUCGAUCGAUCGGUCGCUCGUGGCUCUUUCUGCUUCUCGAUCGCCUCUUCGGUUCUCGUCGCAAAAUCUCGCGUUCCGAGCUCGAAGAUGUCUGCCUACUGCGGAAAAUACCACGAUGAGCUUAUUGCCAAUGCUGCCUACAUUGGCACCCCGGGGAAAGGUAUUCUUGCUGCUGAUGAGUCAACUGGCACGAUAGGCAAGCGUCUUUCCAGCAUCAAUGUGGAGAAUGUUGAGGAGAAUCGCCGUGCCCUUCGUGAGCUUCUCUUCUGUACCCCUGGUGCCCUCCAAUACAUCAGUGGUGUUAUCCUGUUUGAGGAGACUCUCUACCAAAAGACUGCCUCUGGUAAGCCAUUUGUUGAAGUCCUCAAGGAGGGUGGAGCCCUUCCUGGUAUUAAGGUCGACCUGGGCACCAUCGAACUCGCUGGUACCAAUGGUGAGACCACCACCCAGGGCCAUGAUGACCUGGGCAAGCGCUGCAAGAAAUACUACGAUGCAGGGGCUCGCUUCGCAAAGUGGCGUGCUGUUCUCAAGAUCGGUCCGAAUGAGCCAUCACAAUUGUCGAUCGAUGCAAAUGCUAACGGAUUGGCACGCUAUGCUAUCAUCUGCCAGGAGAAUGGUCUCGUCCCCAUUGUGGAACCAGAGAUCCUUUCUGAUGGUUCUCACGAUAUCGCAAAAUGUGCAGAUAUCACAGAGAGGGUGCUUGCUGCAUGCUACAAAGCCCUGAAUGACCAGCAUGUUCUCCUUGAAGGCACUCUGUUGAAACCCAACAUGGUAACUCCUGGAGCAGACUCUGCGAAAGUGAAGCCAGAAGUGAUUGCUGAGCACACUGUCCGAGCCCUCCAAAGGACUGUCCCCCCUGCUGUCCCGGCCAUCGUCUUCCUUUCCGGAGGACAGAGCGAGGAGGAGGCCACUUGUAACCUCAAUGCAAUGAACAAGCUCAACGGGAAGAAGCCAUGGUCGCUUACCUUCUCAUUUGGACGGGCGUUGCAGCAAAGCACCCUGAAGGCAUGGGCCGGGAAGACGGAGAACAUCGAGAAUGCGAGGGCUGCUUUCCUCGCGAGGUGCAAGGCGAACUCUGAGGCGACACUCGGGACCUACAAGGGCGAUGCUGCUGGAGGUGCGGGCGUCUCCGAGAGCCUCCAUGUCAAGGACUACAAGUACUAAGUUGCGCUUGUUUGUUCCACAUUGUCAUUUUUUUAAUCUACUUUGAGAACUUCAAAUUCCAGUAGGAAUAAGGUGGGAGGUGUGAGUGAAAUGCCUCUGAAACUCCUAUAUUUUGAGGAUUUUGUAUUUCUGUUGCCUUUUUCUCUCCCAUAAAGAUGCUUCAAUGCAAGAUCAAUGAAUUCUGUUCUAGUUUC